AACAAAUAAAUAUUUAUAUACCUUACCAAAAAAAAUAAAAUAAAAUAAAAAAUGGCAAAGAAGAAGAAGUUGAAAAUGGCGGUGCUUGGAGUUGGGGUAUUUUGUAUUUUUCUUCAGAAGAAAAAAGUCGGUUUGCCGCUAAAGUUGGAAGUCAUAUAGCUUUUAAGACAAUUAUUGCAUUUUUGAUAUAUACUGGGGGGUUUUGUUUGUUGUGAAAAUUUUUGGGUUUUGAUACAAAAGUAAAAAAAGAAAAAGAGAAAGAGAUGGGAUCGUCGAAACGCGGAGCAGACGACAAUCGGAAACUCAGUGGGCGUACACAAACCGCCCAUCAGCGUCUCCAGGAUGCUCUCAAACUCGGUACCAGGUCUUAUGACAGCCAUGCAAGAAAAUGGCAAUGCUCAGAUAUUGAGAUACAAAGACAUGUAGUCCACUCCAUUUCUGCAUUUCUUGAUUCUGUUUCUCGAGAUGCUCGGCACCAUCCACUUGUGAAGGAUUCUGUUGCUGAUAUGGUUGGGGCAUUGGUAUGGAUUCUUCAACGUCGAAAUGUGAGCGUGUUGAGCAUGGCAGCUGAAGUGACUGUGAAGUUGGUCAGCAAUUUACCCAACUCAGUUUUGCAGUCUUACAUGUUAGAUCUUGUUGAUCCUUUGUCAUCCUUGUUAUCUGCCCGUCAGACUGAAGUUGCUAUAUCAUGUGUAACCGCAUUAAACCAUAUUCUCUUAAAUUUGAGCUUCAAGAACAAAAAGGUUGUUUGGGAGAUUCUGAAGAAAACAGAAAGUGUUUCUCAUGUUAGUGCUAACAUAUUAGACUUUUUCAGAGGAAAAAAGCCAAUUGAGUAUUUCAAUCAAAUGGCUUCAUUCUUGAGUACAGUACUAUGGCAGUGGCAUGAAUCUAGGUUUCCUGUUUGGAGCAAUCCAGAACUGACGAAGGCUUUAAACAAUGUGCUUGUAAAGCCAGAUUUUCAGGAUAGAGUGGAGGUUUUGAAGCUGUUUUCUGCUGUAGCUUUAUGCGGCAAUGGGACCAAGAAACUUUUAGAGAAUGGACAAGCCCUUAUGGAGAUGAUGCUGCACUGCAUGGACCAUUCACAACCUUAUUCUGUUCGUACCGAAGGUUUUAGGCUUGCUCAAUGUUUAGCGAUAAAUGAACAAGAAUUUUUAAAAAUGAUGAGCUUGUGUUGUGAACCAUUUGUGAAAGCCAUCAUCAGUGGAAUGAGCAAGUGGGAGUUGAAUUCUGGAAAGGUUGCUGGUGACAAGAUAUCUUUGCUAGUGGAGGCAUGUCGCUUGGCUCUAAUUACUUGUUGGGCAGGAAAGCAUCACAUAUAUUUCUGGAAACAAGGGAUAGACAAAGUUCUUCUUGAUCUUCUCUUAGAAGAUUCUCAUAGCAAAUUGUAUCAACCUAUUUUGUCAUUAGAAGAGCAGAUAUCUAUUGCUAAGGAAUGUCUAAAUGCAGAUUAUCUUAUUGGUUCAAGGAAUUACAUAUGGGAUAUUCUUGGAUGGCUUGCUAUCCAUUGUGAGGAAGAUUUCAACCCCGAGAUGCAUGGAAAUGGAAAGGAGCUCUUCAUUGACAUACUCAUUACAUCUGCAUGCUUGGCCUUUCUGGAUGCAAUUAAGAAAUGUUUUUGGCAAAAUGAUAUUGGUGAUACUUUACGAGGUGAAUCAGCAAUAAGGGCAGUUCUGAUGAUGAUUUAUACUCCUUGCAAGUAUGUUUCAUCAAAGGCGAAAGAUAGACUGUUUAAAGUACUGAACCACCAAAAUUGCGUAGGAUAUUUGAAACUCUUAUUGACAACACUCAAUAGAAACUUAUCGGGGAAUGACUUUGAUGCACUACAAAUUGUCAUUUACCUGAUGAGUUUGACGUGUUACUCAGGUCUACCACAAUUUCAGAAGUGGUUAAUUGAAUGUGGAGGAGUGAAGACGCUAUUACAUCUUGUAAAUUUGUGCUUGAAGGGUGACUUCUGUACAGAAAGGUUGAACUUUUCUUCGCAUCUGCAUAAUGCAUUCUAUGAGAGGACUUGUUGCUUUCCUUCCACAGAAGUAUGGGAAGUCAAAAACAUGCUUUUGCUUUAUAGUUUGUGGGGUUUAGCAGAAUUGAUAAAGUAUUCUGUAUGCAUAAGAAAUAACUUAGACAUAUUUACAAAUCAGAUGACUUGUACAAUAGCCGAACUAGUUUGCAAACUGCAGGAUAUCUGUAGUGACAAAACAACUCCUGAACUACGAUGGUCUGCUGCACAUGUUCUUAGUUAUUUUGGAUUCUAUGGUUUUCCAAGUAAACUUGGGAAUAGAAUUGGCAAAGCACUCAAUGUCAUGGAUCACACUGAUACUAGACUCAUUCUUACAAGUGGUGAGUGUUUGAGUGUUCAUAGUGUUGUACUUGCAAUUCGAUGUCGAUCACUGCUGCCACUUAGUGAGCAACAAUCUGGUUCUUCAGUAACGGAUUCCAUGGAAAUUUGUGGAAAGUUUAGCGGAGAAAUUCGGUUAUCUGCUCAUGUUGAUCACCAGAUAUUGGUAAAGUUGUUGGAAUAUAUGUACUUGGGACACCUACGGGUAGGAGAAGAACUCAUUAAAAAGUUGAAAAGGCUUGCUAAACAUUGUAAUCUUCAUCCUCUGCUGCAAAUGCUUUCUAGGAGAAGUCCAAAGUGGGGAGCUCCAUAUCCUAGCUCUGAUCUUUCUCCAGCUUUGGGUCCACUUGGACAUCGUUUCUCGGAUGUCAUCUUGGAAGCCAAAUCAACCGAGUACUCGGGCUGGGCAUGUGGUUUUUGUUCUGUUUUAAUGCCCCACAUGCAUGCUCACAAAGUUAUAUUGUCAUCAAGUUGUGAUUAUCUACGAGCCUUGUUUAACUCAGGAAUGCAGGAGAGCCUUUCACAAACCGUAAAGGUCCCUGUCAGUUGGGAAGCAAUGAUUAAACUCGUAGGCUGGUUCUAUUCCAGUCAGCUGCCAAAUCCUCCCACUGGAUGUCUAUGGGAGAGCAUGGACACCCAGGAGAAGCUCCAUGAGCUACAACCGUAUGUGGAGCUUUGUUGGCUUGCCAAGUUCUGGUUCUUAGAAGAUGUUCAAGAAGCCUGCUCAAAUGUGAUUGUGUCCUGUCUUUAUUCUGCGAGACAACUUUGCAUUAAAAUAAUCCAACUCGCUGCCAAUUUCUCUCUAGGAAGCUUGGUCGAGGUUGCAGCAACUCUAAUGGCUCCAUCGUACCGGCAACUAUGUGAUUCUGGCGAACUUGAAGAGCUCGAUGAGGAUCUGGUGAACAUGGUUCGUGCUGCCUCUGUUCGAUUUUCUCAGGAGGUUGGUAGCAAUAUCGAAACUAGUUUCAGGUGAAUUGGAGGAUUGAAAACGUCUAAAACUGUAUAGAGGAUCACAGAAUACCAGACAUGUAGGUUUGUACUGCGUAUACAUAUGUAUGUAUAAUAUUCAGCAAUUUUGGUAAAGAUUUUGUUCUCCCGAAUUUUGAUAUGUCAAACAAGCAUCCAACAGA